AUAAUUAAACCUACCAGACUUUUCGCUUCAAAAAUUUAUUUCUUAUUUUUGCCUCUUUAUGAAGAGGGAGAAAGCGAUUUUCUUGCAUUUUACUGUAUAAUUUCAAGUUUUUUGUCUAAAAAAAAGCAAAGAUAAAGGCUCAGUUCUCUCGCUGAUUCUUGUUGAUCGUGAGUUUCCAUGGUAACGGGCUUGGAGAAUAUUCUAGUUUAAACAGGUGCUUGCUAGCCGACAUUUAUGUCACAGACUAAAAUUACUCGGAAAUCCUUUAGAAUUCAAAAAUUAACAAAAUCUGUUACGAGUUAUUUCAAGACAAAACUUUCAAGACUAAAAUUAAUUUUUUCGCAAUAAUCGCUAAAAAAAAGUCUUCCGACUCGAAAUUAUUCCAAAUACGUUAGGCGGUGUAGCAGAAUCUCGAAUUGAUUUGUUGAUAAACAAGCGCUUCGAAAAAAGGUAUGACGUAACAAAGUGCUGAAUAGCCAACUCAUAGCAGGUAGUUCUGUUGUUUUGGGCGAAUCACAGCGCAAACGUUUUCCUUGCUUAUCUUCAUAAAUAUAGACCAAAUCCGGGCGUUUCAAGAUUAUUUCGUCCGUACGAAAUUUCGAACUGAAAGCUUCAGUUGAACUAACCUGAGACAUCUUAAUCGCUGACAUAAGACUGCUUGUAAAAUUCUGCUUCAGCCCAUGGCUAAUGAAUCUACGAUGUUAUCUUUUCAAAUGAACGACAUUUAUGCCAACUGGCCAGCUAAUGACAUGUAUGGAUGCAGCCAGAACACACUGACACAGUUACAAGAGAAAGUUUUACGGUCCCUGUCAAAGAAACGGGAGGAAGACAGUUUACAAGUGGUUCCAGAAAACGACAGCGUUUUUGAAGAUCUUUCUCCAAGUCCCUAUCUCGCAAUGCAUGAGGUUGUUUCCCGCGAGAAACGUGCGGUAAAAGGAUCUCAAAACAUAUCACAUUGUCGCACUGAACCGAAGACUGAAAUCAAGCGAAACUUGAACUACCCUUGGAGUCCGAAAUUGAAUAAAUCAAUUCUUCUGGAUGCGUUUAAUUCAGCAGAACCACUACGUACUCCAACCUUUCCAUUCUCGCCGCUUGCAAAAAAUCCAGGUGAUAUCUCGUCACCUGCAAGUCCCUUAGCCAUGAUGUUGUUGAGUCCGUUUGGUCGCAAACCUUCCGAGGACCUCUCCAUGUACCUACCCGAGAAUUUCACUCCGGCGGCAACUCUGGAGCGUCUUGAACGUUCAGUUAGUACUACAGUGUUUGAAUUUCCUGUUGUAGAACAAAACCAGGACGAAUGUGAAGGAACAGAAUUAAAACGCGAAGAUAGCGAGAGUAAAAUUGCUGACACGGUGGAGGACGAUUAUUUACAAACGAACGCUCAAGAUCUGGAGGUAUUCUUCAAUUUGAAUAAUGACAAUUGCUUUGGAGUUUGCAAGGUGCAACAACUUGAGCUUGGACAGCAGCCUGCUUUGGCACAAAACAAAGGAAGAAGAAAAAGAGGAAGACAAAAGGAAAUCGGGGAGGGUUGUGGAGUUGUUGUAGGUUUCAGGAAUAAACUCGAACGAAAACGUCGCAGCGAAAUGAAUUCUAAAUAUGACAAAUUGAGACAAUGCAUCCCAGAAAUAGAGAGCAGACACAAAGUUUCUAAAAUACUUGUACUUAAAUCUGCGGUGCAAUACAUUCAGGAACUUCAGAGGCAAGACGAACUGCUGACCAAGCAAAAGAAUAUUGAGAAAUUAAAAAACGACGAGUUAUUGAAAAACCUUGUAAGAAUUAGCUCGUAAUUCCCACGAAAAUACAAAAGAAUUUUUAGCAGGAUAUGAUCAUGAAUUGCUUGCCAUAGAAUUGGAUAAAUUUAUAUUUCAUAUAAAAUACUAUUGUAUGUUAGUGCGCUUCUCUUGUAAGCACUAUUAAAUAUAAGCGGUCGACACUGGACAAUUUCCUCGGGGCUGAUUAAGCCGAGCAUAAAGUUGUAACACGUUUGUAUAUGUUUCCACUCACUCGGUGUCCGUUGAAAGUACGUCAAAGUGGGUGCCGGUGAUUUAAACGUCUCUUAGAAACAACACCUUCAGGGAAAUAUUCUGCCCACGUGAAGCUGUCAGAACAGUGAACUGCUAACAUUGACACAAAAAUAAUUACAAAUGUUGCUUCUCAAGCCUUGAUGAAUCAAAAAACGUGAGACAACUUUGAUAUGUUUUAACAGAAAAUCCGGUACAGCGUUUGUUUGUUUUUUUUCACUCGUCUGGCCACUUUAAUUUAUGAAACGACAGUUUGUCGAUGUCUCACCCAGUCAGACCUAGGUUUAGAAUCCAGUCUCCCUCUCUCUCUGAGACUAAGUCAGACAUUUCCUAGGCAACCAGACGUUCAGUUUCGCCCUCGGCUUUCCGGACGCACAAACGGACAUGAAAAAACUUCCGUUAGACAACAGAACAGAUCCAUCCGCGGACUUCAAUUGCUUAAUAACAUUCAGGAAGUUUAGACACAUUUCCUGCCCUCUACAUACAGCCACCCACGUUACAGUGCGCGCUCAACUUGACCUUUUCCUUAUCCGUUGUCUUAGUUAACAUCGCUCUCACGUCUAAUUUCCAAACUUUAAAUGAAAAAAUGCCACCACAUUUUCGUCGAUAAAAGAAAAAUUACAUGAAAGAUAGUCGAUAUUUAGCUGCUUGAGCUUUAUAAAAAUGGAACAUCUGAAGAUGCUUCAUUCCCAGAGGAGCAUAUGUGAUUCUCUUGUUUGUAAUGCGUAGGUUAUAUAUGAUUCAUAUAGUUGGGAAAAUCCCUUACUGACAAAAGUCCCGAACAUUGCAAGAAAAGCCAGUCUUUCUCAAACGCAAAAAUUAGUCCCGAAAACUCGGCAAACACACGAAAAAUUGUCAUUUGACAAAGUUAAACCUCCGUAAAAAUUUACGUACGUGUGUGGUAUUCGAAAAACUUCUGAUUGCCGCCGAACAGACACGUCAAACAUCAUCGCCGUUUCGUCGCUUUUUUGGCGAUCAAAAGUUGACUGACAAAUACAUCUCUGUCAACCACACUUCAGUAAAAUUAAGGUCUGUUUAUUUUUUUACCACUGAAAAAGAGUCUAUUACGUCAAACACCUGUGUAAAUAUAUGACACAUGAUCAUUCCAGUGGGCUGCGAGCUUGCAAAUUUCAGCCGGCACUCAUCGCUAUUGGGUUAUCUAGAAUUUGAUGUUGACGAUGCACCAGCCGAUUUGGCCGACAGCGAUGAUAAGUGGACGUACCGUAAAUCCUCGAAUUAGCGCCCGGGGCGCUUAUUUCAAAUUUAGGAGAA